UUUUUGUCUGAUGAUGAGUAUAAGAUAGGAAACUAGAAUUUUAUGAGCUGUAUUUUAUUUUAUUUGUUCUGAAAAUUUUCUCGAUCAAAUUAUUUUUUUUGUGUUCUUUUAGGGUUUAGGACUGCUUAAUCAAUUGGGAAAGUAAUGCAGGACCUCGAUCAUGGAUUUAGCUGGACAUUUUUUUAGCAUAAAUUUUGUUUAGGUCUCCUGAUUUGAUUUUCUUUAUAUAUAUAUAUCUAAAAAGAAAACUGGAAAAUCUGUUUAUGAGUUUGAUUUUCAAUCUUAUCUUUGCAUAUGAAUUUCUGAAGGCUACAGUUGAUGAGUUUUAUUGAUGAAAAAUUUUCUGAUCCAAGAAGGGUCUGCAUGGUGUUAUUUUCCUGUUAUGUAGAAAUAUUAUUUUCAGAAAUUUUGAUUGCAAGGUUACAUAUUUGAAGGAUCAUGAUUUUGAAGAUAAAGUUGCUUUCUACAGCAGUUCAGAAUUAUGGUUAGGACGUUGGGAUGCUGAAUUGAUUCUUAAUUAAGCAAUACUGAUGGGGACAGAACUUAUGAGAGUUUGUGUUAAAGAAGAGAACGAUGAUAUUCCACCAGUUCCACCAGGUUUCGAGUCAUAUGCAUCUUUUACUCUAACAAGGGGGGCACAAGAGAAUGUGAAACAUGAGAAUGAUAAUGUAAAGUAUUGUUCAGCCUCCGCAACCACAAUUAGUUCUGUUGCCAGUCCUGUCCAGAAGGAAACUGAGUUGGGCAAUGGCGAAAGCACAAAGAUUACAAGGUCUGUGAGGCGAAGACCUUGGAUAAACUAUGGUAGAUACGAUAACAGUCCAGAAGACGAGCUUGAUUGUGAAAAGCUUGAUCAAAAUCAAAGAUUGAGACAUAAUCUUCCUAAAGGUGUCAUUCGUGGAUGUCCAGAGUGUAAUGAUUGCCAAAAGGUGAUUGCAAGAUGGCAUCCAGAGGAAGCAUGUAGGCCAGGUGUUGAGGAUGCACCUGUGUUCUACCCGACAGAAAAGGAGUUUGAAGAUACUUUGAACUAUAUAGCUAGCAUACGACCAAAAGCGGAAAAAUAUGGAAUCUGUCGCAUUGUUCCUCCAUCUUCAUGGAAACCUCCAUGUCCUCUCAAAGAAAAGAAUAUAUGGGAAAAUGCUAGAUUUGCUACUCGUGUGCAGAGGGUUGACAAGCUUCAGAAUCGUAAUUCAAUGAGGAAAAUGUCAAAAGUUAAUAACAGUAUGAGGAGGAAAAGGAGAAGAUACAUGAGAAUGGCUGUAGACUGUAGUUCUGAUAGUGGAAGUAGCUGGUCUGCCGAUGCCGGAUUUUGUGAAGUAGAGAGGUUUGGGUUUGAACCCGGUCCAGAGUUUACUCUGGAUAAAUUUCAGAAGUAUGCUGAUGAUUUCAAGGCUCAGUACUUUAGGAGGAAGGAAAAUGAUGUAGAUAUGGAAGGUAAAGUGUCCGUUCUGCCUGAUCUCCAUGAAGCUUCAGUUGAGAAUAUUGAGGGUGAAUACUGGCGCAUAGUGGAGAAAGCAACUGAGGAAAUAGAGGUCUUAUAUGGGGCUGAUCUGGAAACUGGGGUUUUUGGCAGUGGGUUUCCUAAGAAGUCCAGUCAAGUUGGACUUGCUUCCAACGAGAAGUACAUAAAUUCUGGUUGGAACUUAAAUAACUUCCCCAGGCUACCUGGAUCCGUUCUCAAUUAUGAAAGCAGUGAUAUUUCUGGGGUUCUGGUUCCCUGGUUGUAUGUAGGAAUGUGCUUUUCCUCCUUCUGUUGGCAUGUUGAAGAUCACCACCUAUACUCUUUGAAUUUCAUGCAUUGGGGUGCUCCGAAAAUUUGGUAUGGCGUUCCUGGAAAGGAUGCUCCUAAACUGGAGGAGGCUAUGAAAAAGCAUUUGCCUGACCUUUUUGAUGAACAACCUGACCUGCUUCACAAACUGGUCACUCAGCUGUCCCCUUCGAUACUAAAAUCUGAAGGGGUACCUGUCUAUCGAUGUGUUCAGAAUGCUGGAGAAUUUGUUCUGACAUUCCCUAGAGCAUAUCAUGCAGGGUUCAACUGUGGUUUCAAUUGUGCGGAGGCAGUAAAUGUAGCUCCUGUUGACUGGUUACCACAUGGACAGAUUGCUAUUAAGCUAUACCGUGAACAGGGAAGGAAAACUUCCAUCUCACAUGAUAAAUUGUUGCUUGGAGCAGCAAGGGAAGCAGUCAAAGCCCACUGGGAGCUCAGUUUAUUGAAGAAGCAUACUUCUGAUAACUUAAGGUGGAAAGGUGUAUGUGGAAAAGAUGGAAUUUUAGCUAAAACUCUCAAGGAACGUGUUGAGAUAGAGCGUCUAAGCAGGGAAUAUUUUUGCAGUUCCUCUCACAUUGCUAAAAUGGAGAGCAAUUUUGAUGCUACCAGUGAGCGAGAAUGCAGUAUAUGUUUUUUUGAUUUGCACCUUUCUGCAGCAGGUUGUCAUUGCUCCCCUGAUAGAUAUGCAUGCCUGAAACAUGCAAAGCAGUUCUGCUCAUGUGCUAGAGGUUCCAAAAUUUUCCUAUUUCGAUAUGAUAUAAAUGAGUUAAAUAUCCUUGUUGAAGCAGUGGAAGGAAAACUAAGUGCAAUAUAUAGGUGGGCAAGACUAGAUCUUGGGCUGGCCCUGAGUUCAUAUGUAACCAAGGACAAUAUAGGUGGUAGGUUAUCCCAUACAUUGGAAGGAGUACCUAAAGAAGUGCCUCAACCAUCAGUCAUUUCCUCCGGAGAAUUACCAGGAGAAGAUAUGUCGAAAAAGAAACCCUUGAUAUUAGCUCAAAUUUCUGCUCAGAUGUUAUUGCUACAAAGAAAUAAACAAUCAGAGGCUGCUUUACCAUCAAAAGAUCCAAAUUCUAAGUUGAAGAAAGGGGAAUCCGUUCUUUCUGCUUUAAACUUGAGCAUGCCUGGAAGCCAAACUUCCAUGACAAGUGGAGUGAAGAAGCCUUCAGCUCCAGCAGUCGUUAAUACUAUUCUUCUUAGUGAUGAUGAAGGUGAUGAACCAGAGAAACCAGUUUCAGAAAUACCAAAAGAACAUUCUAUGAAAGAGCAUCCAGAAGCCUCAGUGAGGGUGGCACCAGCUGCUGGUGAAAAAGCAAGCACAUGUAAUUACAAGAAUGAGGCUAUUUUAACUACCCCUCUAACUGAUGCUGCAUUUACGAAUCAAAAGGAUGCCAAUUCCCCUGAUGUACAAAGGAAUAAUCAUUCAUCUCAUUAUUCUGAAGUGAAAGAUGAGCAUUCUGGAAAUGGAAUCACAUUGCUAGGAUCUAGUCGCCAGAAUGAUUUUUGCCAUUUAGAAUCUGCCACUGCAGAAUCUGGUAGAAAUGUUCAGGAUUCUUCUAAUACCAUAGAGAUGGAUAAUAACAAGAAUAAUCUGUUGACUGGUGAAAGCAGCCUUCAGCAUCUGCUGCCUUGGGGAAGUGAAAAAGUUGACAAGGAUAAGCAUGAGAAGGUGGGAGCCAUUGCCUCUGCAAAUUUAGUUGACCACACAAGAACUAAUGUUGGUGGGCCGUCUUGCUCUCAAAAUAAUGUUGACAGAAAUGUCCGGCAGAAAGGUCCUCGCAUUGCUAAGGUAGUGCGUAGGAUCAACUGUAAUGUUGAGCCUCUGGAAUUUGGAGUUGUGCUCUCUGGGAAAUUAUGGUGUAACAGCCAGGCCAUUUUCCCAAAAGGAUUUAAGAGCCGGGUUAGGUAUAUUAGUGUUUUAGAUCCAACAAAUAUGGCAUACUAUGUCUCAGAAAUUUUGGACGCAGAGAGGGAUGGACCUCUGUUCAUGGUAUCUGUGGAGCACUGUCCCAGUGAAGUAUUUGUUCAUGUUUCAGCUGCCAGAUGCUGGGAGAUGGUGAGGGAGAAAGUGAAUCAAGAGAUAACGAAACAACAUAGACUAGGAAGGACCAACCUCCCUCCAUUGCAGCCUCCCGGCAGCCUUGAUGGCUUUGAGAUGUUUGGUUUUUCUUCACCAGAAAUUGUGCAGGCCGUUGAGGCAAUGGAUCGCAAUCGAGUUUGUAUGGAGUAUUGGGACUCUCGGCCUUACUCUCGGCUUCAAGUGCAGUUCCUACAACAUUCUCAUACCCCUGGUAAUGGUGGCAACUUUCUUAGAACAUCUGGGGAACAAAAUAAUGCAGGGGCUCCUCAGAACAAAUGCCUGCCCGGUGAAGUCGACACACUACUAGGUUUAUUCAAGAAGGCAAGCUCUGAAGAAUUAAGCUCACUUUGUAGCAUAUUAAGUGACAAAAGGUCUCCCAAGGAUGUAGACCGUGUGGCUCAACUACUUAAGGAGGAGAUUCGCAGUCGUCGACCUACAUGAUUGAAAUUUUUUUUUUUUGGUGAUUCGGAUUCAAAAUCCGAGUCCAUAUAUCCCACAUUUUUCGUCACUGUAAUUCUGUAAAUAUCGAUAUCCUGCCUUCACACUGCACGUACAGCCUCCAUUCAAUCCACCAUUCUUUCAGGUAGAAGAAGAGUGAUAAGAGUAGGUUAUUUUCCGGUGGGAUUUUUGCAUACUGACUGAUUUUUGUAGCAUAAGAAAGAAAAAUGCCUUCUGAAAGUUCAACUGGUUGAUUUUCGAAA